CCUACUUUUUUUCUAGACUCUUCCAUUUCCCUCAGUCCAGACGGUUGCUCCGCCAAUGGCUUCCGAUCUCGAAAAGAGUGCCAAGGAGGCGUUCAUCGACGACCACUUCGAGUUGGCCGUUGACCUCUACACCCAGGCCAUCGCUCUCAACCCUCAGAGCGCCGAGCUCUACUCCGACCGCGCGCAGGCCAACAUCAAAUCCGGCAAUCUCACUGGGGCUGUUGCGGAUGCGAACAAGGCAAUUGAGUUCGAUCCAUCACUAUACAAAGCGUAUUUGCGCAAAGGAAUUGCCUGCAUCAAGCUCGAGGAAUAUGAGACUGCAAAGGCAACCCUGGAAAUUGGUGCUCCUCUGGCCCCGCAUGAGACAAGAUUCGCUGAAUUGAUAAAAGAGUGUGAUGAGAAAAUUGCAGAGGAAACUGGUGUUCAACCAACAUCUUCGUUGGAGAAAAACAUGACAGAGAAUGUUAUACCUGCAGAAGAUGUUCAGCCUGUGAGUCAACCUUCCAAUCAGGUGACCGUAGCAACUGUCAAACCAAAAUACAGGCAUGAAUUCUACCAGAAGCCAGAAGAAGUGGUUGUGACCAUAUUCGCCAAGGGCAUACCAGCCAAAGAUGUUAAUGUUGACUUUGGUGAACAAAUACUAAGUGUUAGUAUUGAUGUCGCUGGUGAAGAUACGUAUCAUUUUCAGCCUCGUUUAUUUGCGAAGAUAAUACCUGAAAAGUGUAGAUUUGACGUUCUGUCCACCAAAGUUGAAAUUCGCUUGGCUAAAAUUGAACCAUUACACUGGACAUCUCUUGAAUUCAGCAAGGACAGCCCUGUUCCACAAAGGGUCAGUGGCCCAGUUGUUUUAGCGCCAAGGCCAUCCUACCCAUCCUCGAAACCAAAAAGGGUCGACUGGGAUAAGCUGGAGGCCCAAGUGAAGAAGGAGGAAAAAGAAGAGAAGCUUGAUGGUGAUGCAGCUUUGAACAAAUUUUUCCAAGACAUAUACAAGGAUGCUGAUGAGGACACAAGAAGGGCCAUGAGAAAAUCUUUUGUGGAAUCGAACGGGACAGUGCUUUCGACAAACUGGAAAGAAGUGGGAAACAAAAAGGUUGAGGGAAGUGCUCCGGACGGCAUGGAGAUGAAGAAAUGGGAGUUCUAGACUGUUGCUGCACUCUAGUACUAGUUGGAACCGAGUGAUAUGCUUUUUCUUUGUGCUUGUAACCUAUUUGGGAGUGUGAUUUUGUUGGUUGGACAGACAAUAGUUUUGCAGUUAGUCUUUGGCACUACUCUGGCUGUUUGGAUGAUGACUCUCUUAGUCUCUUCCGCCUGUGAAAUUAACCCGCAUUGGUGUAUUUUCUUUUGUGUUUUGCUUGUGCCUUGUACGCUCAAAACCGAUCCCAUCUGGACAAAUUGUAAGUGUUUAAUACCUAAUUUCUUUGUUCUUGCGUUGUUGA